AUGUCUGCUCUUGAUAAUAUUGAGUUUUCUGUUUAUAAUGAAGACAAAUUUCCUAAGUUUGAAAAAAAUCAGGGCCCAUCUCCAUUUUGGGAUAAGCCAACAGAAGGCCCUUCAUAUGUGAAGCCUGAAAACCGUCAAAAACCCCUUGUUCCAUCUGGGAAGUUGGAUGAGAAGUACAAUGAAGAAGCCCUUGAUUUGACUCCUCUUUUGGGUACCACUUACAGUGAUAACGUGCGACUUGUUGACCUUCUCAAGGACGAUGAUCUUAUUCGUGAUCUUGCUAUUAAGAUCUCUCAACGCGGUGUUGUUGUUUUCAAGAAGCAAGAUGACUUGACUAUUGAGCAGCAGAAAGAGCUUGUCCAAAAGCUCGGUCUCCUUUCUGGAAAACCCAAAGAAAAUGGAUUACACAUCCAUCCCAUUGCUUCCGCUGGUGGUGUUCUUGGUGAAGACGGUCUUAUUGAUCCUGAGGUUUCUUUUAUUUCUAGCAGACUCGGUGGCGAGUACAAGAAGGAACAUCGCAGUUAUCCUACUGCUUAUAACUGGCAUUCUGACAUUACAUUUGAGCCAGCUGGUGCAGACUAUUCUUCUCUAAGACUGGUUGAGCUUCCUCCUACUGGUGGCGAUACUUUCUGGGCCAACGGCUAUGCUCUUUAUGAAAAGAUUUCUCCAUCUCUUCGGGCAUACUUUGAAACUCUCACCGGCACCUAUGCCCAGCCCGAGUUCAGCAAUUGGGGAAACAAAAAGAAUUUUCAGCUUUACUCUGAUAAGCGUGGUGCACCCGAAAACAUUGGUGAUGAAUUGAUUGCAAUUCAUCCCAUUGUUAGAACCAAUCCCGUGACUGGUUGGAAGUCUCUUUUUGCUGUUGGUGCCCACUUUACUAAGAUCAACGACGUCACACCUCUUGAAUCGAAAGCUCUUAAGGAGUAUAUCUGGAACACACUGGUUCAAUCCCAUGAUAUUCAAGUUAGACACAAAUGGGAUAAGUACGACAUUGCCAUUUGGGACAACAGAUCAGCCUACCAUGCCAUUAACAAGGACGUUUUGUUCUACGAAAAUCUUAUUAGAACUGGUCUUCGAACAGUCGGCAUUGCUGAGCGCCCUUACUUGGAUCCCAACAGUAUUACUCAGACUGAAGGUCUUAAAGAAGACUCUAAAGAGAAUUAA